AGUUAGAUACGGAGCAAGAUUACGUACAGUGAUUGUCGUUUGUAUGAACAACACGGUCUCUCCCCUCUGUCAUUGUUUUCUUCUCAGAUAAAAUCACAGCCAGACAAAACACACUACUAUAAUGGACUGCCGAGCUUAUUUGGCUUCGUUUUCUCCAACUCCCAGCUCUGUUUGUCGGAGUUUUGUCACCUUCCGGCAAGGAAAGCCCAUUUCCCGGCGACUGCGUCAGAUUCCGGCGCUCUAGUUUCUCGUCAUCCAACAAAAAAAGUCGCUCGAAACUCGAGGUUUCUGAGUCUCUACAAAAGGAAGCACCACUCCUCAUAUUAGUGGGUGGUGGGAAUUGAAUUUCUUAGCUGAUGGGGCAUUUAUCCUCCAUGUUCAAUGGACUGGCGAGGUCCUUUUCAUUCAAAAAGGGGAAGAAUUCUGGCAAAUGCAGUGGAAGAGAAGCCGCGGAGGCAAUGGCAAAGGAGGCAAAGAAGAAUGGCUUGAUUUUACGCACUUCUGGCACUGUAAAUGUUGAUGGUUCUAACAACUUUGCCUCAGUUUUCUCAAAGAAAGGCCAGAAAGGAGCGAACCAGGAUUGCUCCAUCGUGUGGGAGGAAUUUGGAUGCCAAGAAGACAUGAUCUUUUGUGGGAUUUUUGAUGGGCAUGGCUUAUGGGGCCAUUUUGUGGCUAAAAUGGUCAGAGAAUCAAUGCCACCAUCUUUACUAUUCAAUUGGCAGGAGACAGUUGCUCAAACUUCUCUUGACCCAGAAUGUGACUUGGAAUCUGAUAAAAAGCAUCAUUGGUUUAAUAUAUGGAAGCAUUCCUACCUAAAGACUUGUGCUGCCAUUGAUCAAGAACUCGAGCAACAUCGUAAAAUCGAUACAUUCAAUAGCGGAACAACUGCCCUCACAAUUGUUAGACAGGGUGAAUUCUUUGUUGUUGCAAAUGUUGGUGACUCUCGUGCUGUAUUGGCUACCACUUCAGAUGAUGGAAGCUUGGUUCCAGUUCAGCUUACUGUUGACUUCAAGCCCAAUUUACCUCAGGAAGCUGAGAGGAUAAUUCAGUGUAGAGGGAGAGUCUUCAGUUUAGAUGACGAGCCAGGGGUGCAUAGGGUCUGGCUGCCAGAUGAGGAAUCACCUGGACUGGCAAUGUCUAGAGCCUUUGGAGAUUACUGUAUAAAGGGCUUUGGACUAAUUUCUGUGCCGGAAGUGACACAAAGGAAUAUAACCAGCAGAGACCAAUUCGUCGUGCUGGCAACUGAUGGGGUGUGGGAUGUUGUCUCCAAUCAAGAAGCAGUACAAAUUGUGUCUUCAACACCGGACAGGACAACCUCAGCGAAGCGUCUUGUUGAGUGUGCUGCCCGUGCAUGGAAGCGCAAGAGGAGUGCAAUUGCGAUGGAUGACAUUUCAGCCAUUUGUCUCUUUUUUCACUCUUCUCCUUCCUCUCUGCAAAUUCACCCUGUUAUUACACCACACCAGUAGUGUAGAUGCCAUGUUAAUUGCUAUGUGUUCUUCAAUGUAAUCUUGAUUAGCAAAUAUUCACGUGAAAUGAUGUUUUCUCUGCUC